CCAGUUCACGACCUGCUCGCAUCCUUCCAUUUUCUCCUUCCACGCCGUCCUGUCCACCGGCUCCACCGCCUCCUUCCACYGGCUCCACCGCCUCCUUCCACCGGGGUGAAUUUUAUACAGCUGCGGAAAGGAUGGUUGAAACCCUGUUUGAAGACAUAUUUAUGGUUGAUCAACUUGACCCAGAUGGCAAGAAAUUCGACAGAGUUAAUCGCAUUGAAGCACGGAGUGACCAGUUUGACAUGUACAUGCUACUGGAUGUAAAUACAGAAGUUUAUCCUAUGCAUGUUGGUGAGAAAUUUAUGAUGGUUCUGGCUUCUACCUUGAAUUUGGAUGGAACUCCCGACAGUGGAUUUUUUACUCCGGGUGGGCGAAAGUCGCUUGCGGAUAAAUUCGAUUAUGUGAUGCAUGGAAAACUCUAUAGGAUCUCUGAGGAAGGCUCGGGAGCCAAUGUUAAAGCGGACAUUUAUGUUUCCUUUGGCGGUUUGUUGAUGUUGUUGAGGGGCGACCCCUCGAUUGCAGCUAAGUUUGAGCUUGAUCAGAGGUUAUUCAUCCUCAUGAGGAAGGUGGACAAGGCGUAAUUCAACAUCUCUCUUGGAGCAAGUCAAUGCUAAGUAAAGAGAAUUCAUUGAUGUAAAAUAUGUUGAAGAAUUAUGUUUGAAAGAACUCGAAACAAUGUUGGAUUAUAGCUCGUUCAACAACGAUGUGAUUAUGUUUGGUAAUAGACGAGGACAUGAAUUUGAUUAAAAAACUCGUUUAAGGUCAUAUCCCUAAAUAACGGUGUUAAGC